UGCAGAAUGUUCUCUGGAGGUGGAGAAUCAUGGAGAGGAGGUCAGAUGGUACCUCUCUUCAUUUGCUCCUCCAUAUGUAAAGGGUGUCGAUAGCGGUGGAGAUGUUUAUCGUGCCACAUACUCUGCCUUCAGAUGUGAGAAGGCAUCUGGGACUCUGGGGAUUCAAGAGAGGAUGCAGGUUCCAUUCGCUUUCCUUCCACGUGACCGGGGAGAUUAUGCACAGUUUUGGGAUUUGGAAUGUCACCCAACAGCCAAACCUCAGCACAAGAGCCGUGUUCGCUUCCAGUUGUGUGGCACUGGCAUAAGAGCAGGAGAAGCAUCGAGUGUUAAAGAAAAUUGCUCCUUGGUGAAAACGGAAGCCACUGUGAAGAACAGGAAGAGACUGGAUUCUGCAGGCUCAAAGACUGGAUCUUCAACUGAGAAUCAGAAGAGGGGCGUUUAUGCACCUCAAAGUCUGUACACAUUUCCUGCCACACGAGUGGGCGCCACCAGCACACUGAAGGUUAACUUCAGAAAUAACUCCUCCAACACACAUGAGCUAAAAUUCAUAAGUCCUAAAGAGCCUUUCCACAUCAAGCAUUCAAAUUAUUCUCUAAGAUCACAACACUACAUCAACCUCCCUGUUCAGUUCGUGCCAGCCACUGCAGGCCAGCUUUCCGGCACACUACUCGUACAGACGGACACAGACGCUAAACUGACCGUAGAGCUCAGUGGAGAAGCCUUGCCAUGAA